AGACUGAAGGGAACAUCUUUGUUUCUCACAGAUCUGCACAAAGUAAUAAUUUUAGGCAUGUUUUUCGAAUGAAAACAAUGAUGUAAAUAUUACCUCUGAUAUUGUGAAUCAUAUUCCUGUCAAAAUAAUCGCAAUGAUAUCGUUCAGCCCUACAGUGCAGUGACUACAGGGACUCUUAACUUCCUUUCAGGACAUCAUGGCAGAUCUUGGCAUCAAAUCAGGAAACCAGGUGCUGAUUGUUUGGGCUCAGCCCUCGACACCAGCUGACCUGAAACAGUAUGCAGAAGAAGUGGGCGCCACCGUCGGUGCAGAUGGAAAAGUGUCAGUGGAAAAUAUGGAGAGACUAUUAAUGUCCUCUCAUCCAGCAUCUACCUUUGACUUUGUGCUGUCGUGCCCUCUGGCCGACAACUCCUCCAUCCACAGUUUAGAAACUCUAGCAGAGUUGGCCCGAGUGCUUAAACCUGGUGGGAAGCUUGUUCUGGAAGAAGCAGUUACUGAAGCUGAGAUGCAUCCUGUAAGGACUGCUGAGAAACUGAUAUCAGCACUAAAGAUGUCCGGCUUCAUGUCAGUGACAGAGGUCACUAGAGCAGAACUGAGUCCAGCAGCGUUGAGCUCUUUGAGGACAGCCACUGGUUACCAAGGGAACACCCUGUCUAGAGUCCGCAUGUCAGCCUCCAAACCUAACUAUGAGAUGGGAUCAUCCAGUCAGAUUAAACUGUCCUUUGGGAAGAAGACAACGAAACCUGCAGAGAAACCUGCUCUGGAUCCCAACACUGUCAAAAUGUGGACGCUCUCAGCCAAUGACAUGGAUGAUGAUGACGUGGAUCUGGUAGACUCUGAUGCUCUGCUGGAUGAAGAGGACAUAAAGAAGCCGGACCCAUCUUCUCUUCGAGCACCCAGCUGUGGAGAGGGAGCUGGAAAGAAGAAAGCCUGCAAGAACUGCACAUGUGGUCUUGCUGAUGAGUUGGAGCAGGAGAGUAAAGGACAACAGAAGACAGAUCUACCUAAAUCUGCAUGUGGAAGUUGUUACCUUGGUGAUGCAUUCCGAUGUGCCAGCUGUCCGUAUUUGGGGAUGCCAGCAUUUAAACCAGGAGAGAAGAUUGUACUGGACAACAACACACUGACAGACUCUUAAACCUCACGCUUCAUAACCUUACAUUCCUCCUUUUUCCACUCAUCCUGUGAUGUCCCAGAGACAUGACUGCCUAUGAUUCUGUGACUGAUGUAAAAGUUGCUUUUUCAGUGGGGUUUAUCUGCCUAAGUAGACCACAGUGGUAUUGCUUCAGUUUGAUUGAAAUUACAACACACA